AAAAAUAUAAACCUAUCUGUGACGGUGGCUGGGAGCUGUCGAUUUUGUUUAGGAUUUUUAAUAUUAUUUUAUUUCCAGUAAACUUGGGUUAAAGUGUUUUAAAGUGCAACAGUAAAUAAACAAAUUUAUCAUCAUGGCUAAAAUGGCAUUUCAACACCAAGCCGGCACGGCUAUGGAGUGUCUUAGUAUACCUAUAACACUUCAAAAGGAAGCCGGCGUAGAUUCCGAGGGAAGGGAAGUAAUGAAAUGUGGGUUCAAAAUAGGCGGAGGAAUUGACCAAGAUUUCAGAAAGAGCCCCCAGGGCUACACGGACAACGGUAUUUAUGUUACUGAAGUUCAUGAAGGAAGCCCAGCAGCUAAAUCUGGCUUGAGGAUGCAUGACAAAAUACUUCAGUGCAACGGUUAUGAUUUCACAAUGGUAACCCAUAAAAAGGCAGUCAGUUAUAUAAAGAAACACCCAGUACUUAACCUGUUAGUAGCAAGAAAAGGGGUCACAUCUACAUAACUGUAUUAAAAAAUAUAUUUAUAAAAGCUUA